CUGCUUGGAGCUAACUCGGCUAACUGGCUGUUGUUGGACGCCCCGCAACAGCGGGGGAGGCGCGGAGACUUCUCGUGGGAUGUAAGAGAAGGGAAUAAAGAAGAAAAAAACAACAAUCGUGGAGCGGCUGCAAGAGCACACCGAGAGGACGACGUCUGCUUAUGCCAAAACAAGGUGCGCCCGCCAUGUUGCCAGGUGACGGAGGGACCCCCACGCCACCUUAACCGCCGGGCCUCCCAUCGCCUCCUCGCACCCGGACACGGCCGGCCGCCACAUGACUCCGCCCCCGGCGACAUAAGACCAGGUCAGUCAAAGCUGAAAAUGAGCGCCGUCGGGGAAAGUCCCUUGGACCCUGACACGGCCGAGUCGCGCAAGAGGAAAGGCUCGCCAUGCGACACGUCGGCGCAAAGCCUGGAGAAGCGGCGGCGCGAGCUGGAGAGUCGCUACAUCGGCGAGCUGGCCGAGCUGCUCUCCUCCAACAUGGCCGACAUCGCCAGUCUCAGCGCCAAGCCCGACAAGUGCCACAUCCUCAAGAGCACCGUGGACCAAAUCCAGCAGAUGAAGCGGCGCGAGCUGGAAAAAGCAGCUCUUUGCUCUCCGGACGACGCCGUGCAGAAGAGCGACAUCUCCUCCAGUAGCCAGGGCCUGCUGGAGAAAGAAGCCCUCGGACCCAUGCUGCUGGAGGCUCUGGACGGCUUCUUCUUCGUGGUAAACCGCGAGGGCCGCAUCGUGUUUGUCUCGGAGAACGUGAUAAGCUACCUGGGCUACCCUCAGGAGGAGCUGAUGACGUCCAGCGUCUACAGCAUCCUGCACGUGGGAGACCACAACGAGUUUGUCCGCAAUCUGCUGCCCAAAAGUCUGGUGAACGGCGGCGCGCCUUGGCCUCAGGAGUCCAGCCGCAGGAGCAGCCACAGCUUCAACUGCCGCAUGCUGAAGAGGCCGCCCGACGAGAUGGACUCGGAGAACCAGGAGGCCCGGCAACAGUACGAGAUCAUGCAGUGCUUUACCGUGUCGCAGCCUCGCGCCGCCGUGCAGGAGGAAGGCGAUGACCUGCAAAGCUGCCUGAUCUGCAUCGCCUGCCGGACGCCUCGGGCCCAGCCUGCCAGCACGGAGUCUUUUAUCACCAAGCAGGACCCCACAGGAAAGAUCAUCUCCAUCGAGACCAGUGCGUUGCGGGCGACCGGCCGGGCCGGCUGGGAGGACCUGGUCCGGAAGUGCAUCUACGCCUUCUUCCAGCCGCAGGGCAAAGAGCCCUCCCAUGCCAAAAAGCUGCUACAUGAGGUGAUGAGCCACGGCACCGCCAUCAGCCCGCUGUACCGCUUCGCCUUGAGCGACGGCACGCCGCUCAGCGCUCAGACCCGCUGCAAGUUCUGCUGCCCCCCCAACCCAGACGUUCAGCCCUUCAUCUUGGGCAUUCACACUAUUGACAGGGAACACAACACUGGUAGCUCUCAGGAAAACACUAACCCCAGCCUUCAGCCAACCCUGGGCAACCUGGCCCAGGCGCCCUCACGCUCGCCAGUCUUCGCUGCUGGCAGCAACUCGAAACAAACCUCAGGCCCCGUCGCCACCGCCUCAACGGGACUUCCCGCCGGCAACAACAGCGUCUCCCCCCAACGACUGAACCCGGCCGCCGGCUACCCUCCGCCCGGCCGUCCCCAGCAGGGCAGCAGCCCGUCGCCUCUCAGCAGCCCCGCCACAGCCGCCCCUACCUCGUUUAUGUCGCGGGCCAGUCCCGGGCUGGCCGAGAGCCCGCGGGUGCCGGGCCUCCACUCGCCAGCGGGCGCACUGAACAGACAACACUCUGGCGGCGACGCUAGCAACGCCGCCCAGGCCGGGUCAAAAGCAUGCCUGUCCAGACGAGCGGGGACCCCCACCGGGUUCUCCUCUCCCGGGCCUGGAGCGGAGGGUGGGGUAGAGGACUCUGUCAAAGCCCCCCUGCCCUCUGUCGCGGCUCAUCUCCGACUUAAUCAGCCGCUGGACAGCAACGGGACAGGAAGCGACACCAGCGACGUCCACCGCACCUCGUUGCCUCAUCCGAACCCUUCUCCCGGCCCUCAGUGUCCCGCCUCCCACAGCACACUGACGGAACGUCACAAGAUCUUACACCGACUGCUCCAAGACAGCAGCGACUCCAGCGCCUCGGACGGCAGAGGCGAGGUGGAGAUCAAGAAAGAGCCACCAUCCAGUCCCGUGGUGAGCGGCGGGCUGCAACGCUCCAGUUCCAGAGAGCCGCAGGACCACCAGCUGCUGCGCUUUCUGCUCGACACCGAUGAGAAGGACUUGGGAGACCUGCCUCCUCCAUCUGCUCUCAGCCUGCAGACAGUUCGGGUGAAGGUGGAGAAGCGAGGCGGCGGGGAGGGAUGCGCGCCCGCCGUGGCUUCGGGCCCCGCCUCCAAGACCUCCUCCUCGGCCAGCGUCAGCCCCAAAUCCAGCCCCGUGGGGCAGAGGCGGCGAGACAGCCGGCGAGACAGCCGGCGGGAUAGCAGAGACUCCAUGAUGUCCGGCGGCACCUCCGACACGGAGCCCCUGGCUCAGCCGACGCCCGCCCUCAGAGGCUCGAGCGUGGCCAAGCAGGGCGCCGACGACGAUGCGGGCGCCCCCGGGGCAGGCCCUCAGCUCCACUCUCCGGCCCCCCAGACCCCGGCGCAGCUCCAGUCGCCGCUGCAGUCGCCGCUGUCGCAGCCCCGCUUGCAGUCGCCGCAGCUCCACUCGCCCUCCCCCAAGCUAAAGCUGCAGUCGCCCACCCAAGCGCAGCCCGGCGGUGCGAAGAGGGACCUGCCGAGCACUCCCAACAGAGGCGACGUUGAAGGCGGCCUCGCUUCAGGCUGCAAUCCCCCGAAUCAGUCGGCCUUCGAUUUCUGCAGUCCCCUGACUCCGAGCCAAGCCCAAGGAACGGGACACGUGGACCUCUUCCAGGCCCCCAAAGACAGCGGCAGUCCCUUCCCUGAGGCUGAAAUUGCCAACCCGUUCAGUUCAAGCACUGGCCCGUCCAAGUUAGAUUUGGCCGACUCGCAGUUCCAGCCGCUGUCUCUGACCGACUCGCAGUUCCGGCCUCUGUCUCUGACCGACUCGUUGUCCUUUGAGGCCCUGGGAACGCCGCUGCAAGCGCCUUUUACCUCGCCACAAGAGCAGUGCGUACCUUGUACGCUGGACGAAGUCCUGGGUCCCCCGACCACGGCCGAGGCCCGGAAUGACGAGAAGGCUCUGCUGGAACAGCUGGUCUCCUUCCUCAGCGGCACUGAUGAAAGUGAACUGGCCGAGCUGGACAAAGCUCUGGGGAUCGACAAACUGGUGCAGGGCGGCUGCUACGACCCACUGCCCCAGAACUUCCCGACUCAGCAAGUCGCUGGCAACCCGCUGCCAUCCUACCCUCCCCAGUUUGCGCCGCCCGCUCAGUUCGCGGCAGAGCUGGCGCCGGGCUUCGGGCCCGCCCGGGGCACCUUCCUCGGCAGGGCCCCCGGCGCCGUGGCGGGUCUGCGUCCGCAGGGGAUGCCCCGGCCGCCGCAGGGCAUGGCCGCCCAGCUCAGGCUGCCGCCAAACCAACUGCGGCUGCAGCUCCAGCAGAGACUCCAGGGUCCGCAGCAGCUUCAGAACCGUCUCGCCAUGAAUUCGUUCCCUGUCGGAGCAGGAGGUGGGGGAGGCGGCCAGCACGUCAACAUGGCCGUUCGUCUGGGGGCGCCGCAGCCUCAAAUACCUUCGCAGCCUCCGCUAAACGCGCAGAUGCUGGCUCAGCGUCAGAGAGAGCUGUACAGCAUCCAGCACCGCCAGCGUCAGCUUUUUCAGCAGAAGGUCAUGCUGAUGAGACAGAACAUGGCAGGCGGCGCCACCGCCGCCCCGGCCGCCACCCCGGCCGUCGCCAGGCUGCCCAAAGGCGACAACGCGUCUCAGCAGCAGGCGCAGUUCAACUUCCCCGCCGGCUACGGCCCGGUGCCGGGGAAUCCUCCUACCUCACCCGGUCACUUCAGCGGCGGCCCCGUGCCGGGAGGGGCGCCCAUCCCGGGGCCCCCCCUGGAUGGCAACAUGAGUAGCCAGACGGCGUUGCUGGGCGGCGUGCCGGCUCCUCCCUUUGGUGGCGGCCCCUCGUUGCAGCAGCAAGGUCUGAUGCAGCAGUUUGGGGCGGCCGCGGUCCAGCCGGACUCGCCUUUCCCUCCUGAGAUCAGCCCCGGCAGUCCGCUUUUGUCGCCUCAGAACUCCUCUUCCCAGAGUCCUCUGCUCCAGCAAGCCCCGCCCCCUAGCUACCAGUCUCCAGAUAUGAAGAGCUGGCCACCAGCCAGCAACAGCCUGUUCAGUCCGUCGUCGCAGCACGGCGGGGGGCAAACCUUCGGCCAGCAGGGGGUCUACAACAACAUGAGCAUCACCGUGUCCAUGGCGGGGGGCUCGGCCGGCGCGGGCCCCUUACCGUCCUUGGGGCAGCCCGGCGGCGGCAUGGCCUCGCUGCGCAGCGACCAGCAGGCGCAGCAGGUGCAGCAGGUGCAAGUGUUUGCCGACGUCCAGUGCACCGUCAACCUGGUGGGCGGCGACUCGUACCUGAGUCAGGGCUCAGCCGCCGGCGCCGGCCAGAAGGCUCCCGGACCUCCGUCGGGCGGCCAGAGCAGCCAGGCCCAGCAGAAGAGCCUCCUCCAGCAGCUGCUCACCGAGUGACCCCGCCACCCCCGUUCCCGCCUCAAACCGACAGAGCACCACUCCCUCUUUACUCGUACGCCUCCUCUGCACUCGUGGCAGUCUCACCUCAGGACGGACGGAGGGCGUCUGGCCGUGGAUGGCGUGGCGCCGACGCCCCGAGGAGGGGCCGGCGCCGGCAAGCCGUCUGUCUGACAACCUGUCUGUCUGCCUCAGCCUACUCAAGGCAGCGUUGUCUUUGCUGCUCAUCCCCACACAGCCCCCCCAAGCCGCCCACUUCCUGGUUGCUGUCCAAUUGGGACACGGGAGUACCUCGGAGGGGCAACGGCCCCCGCCUGGGCUUUUUUUGGUUCUCUUUUCCGGGAAUGUGACGACAGAAGCUCGAUAUCAGCUGGUUCUGCGACGCUCUCUCUCUGUCAGCUACACAGUGCCUGGUGGAAGUUUGAGCUUCUUCGUUUUCUUCUUCCACACUCGAUGAUUCGAUUUGGUUGUUGUUGUUAUUUUUUUUUUGUCGUCGUUCUUCUCUCUUCGUUGUCGUCAUCAUCUCUGACAACAGCCCGCAAAGGACGCGGUGACGAUAAGUGGAUGGGAGACAGACGGGAUGCUGCUCACUUUGGAUUUUUUUGGAACUCUUUCUCUUUUAUUUUUGUAUCAAGUAUCAAAGACAACAACCGUGACUGACUGUUGGGAUGACUUCACAGUUGCGUGUUUAUUCGCCCGCCCUCCCUCCCUCCCUCACCUCACCUCAGUAGCUGUGAAUACGAGGCCGCCUCGGCCUCCCCCAUUCUCUCAUACUAUCCCGCGCUAACUCGGCCUAUCAGUGUUGUUUGCCACGCAAGGCGUGCGUGGUGUUGUACAGUACAGAAGGAAAGACAUUAACAGAUGAAAAAAAAUGUGGAAAAUGCCCCUUUCACGCGGCGCCGUCAAGGUGUAUUAAGCGUCGCUCGGCAGACGUUUUUCCUGAAUUUGGCACCGACAUUGGACUGCCGAGUAGUUCUCUGAAUCCGGCACUGAUAUUCAACUGCCCUUCUAAGCACUCGAGAUGGAACCAAGAUGGCAGCCGACUCCGGCUCUCUAUGCAAAAUUCCCACUUUGGAAUUUGGCACCAAGAGUCCAACCCCCACUUUGCAAACGCAACAUCCUUAUCACACGGUUCUGACGUAUUCCUGAAUCCGGCCGGCACCAAGCAGCUUUUUGAAGUCUCGCCAUUUGACCUACCCAAGAUGGCCACCGGUUCAGUGCGAAAGGGGGCUCUCGUUGCAACAGUAUCCGAGUCGUAGCGUACUGAUCUAUAUUGCAGCGGAGGAGGAAGUAGUCCCCCCAAAAAAAAAAAGAUGUGAAGAAUUGCAUCCAAAAGUUCAAAUGCCCACGUGGCCAUUUUUUGUCAUUUUCAACCCCCUCUCGGAAGCACUUGCCGAGUCGGCGGCAAACAUUCUCUCACGCGGCAAACAAAACCCGUUUGCCGUCUGGGCAUCCUGCACGUCCAUCGACUCGCUCCGAAAUGGACGGCGCCAUCAGGAGAAGCUCUGUCAUUCCACGCCCCUACCUCAGAGCACUUUGAUUUGACUUGGAUUUUCUUACGAUUACCUCAUCUUCCUCUUCACCGGACGCGCACGUCGCCCGGUUUUCGGACCUCGUUUCGCACUGUGAACUCAGCUGUUUCUUCUUGGGUUAUUUUUUUGCCCUUUUUAUUUUUUGUAUUCCGGCGACGCAGUCUCAAUCCAGGAAUACCGCAACGUGCUCUUUCACACAACUUCAUAGACUUUUUCAAGAUUUUUUUUUUUUAUAUUGACGACCAUUUCUCCGCUUUGCUGUAUUUUUCUAUUUCUAUGUGGAUCAAAGUAUUGGGCCUGGCCGGAUUUGUUAAAAGGACUGUCCCAAUACUUUUGUCCAGGUAGGGCAGGGGUGGCCCAUGGGCCCACUUAAUUUUGUCCUAAAAUUAGAUUUUUUUUAUCCUGUGUCAUUAAAUAAUUAGUUGUAAAUAUUAGUAAAAACGAACAAUUUUAUAUACAGUGUGUUCCGAAAGUAUUCAGUAUUCCAAAAUGGAUUGAAAAAAAUCUUCAAAAUUGUAUACACAUCCCAAAAUGACAAUGUGAAAAAUUAAGAUAUUUAUUGGAAUAUUUUUUAUAGAUCAAUUUCUUGGCUGAUGCUAAUUCCGAUAUUUGGCAGAAUAAAAUUCUAAUGAAUUGUCCCAAAAAAAGCAUUUGACAGUUUUACAACUUUUAAGGGAGUAAAAUCUGCCAUUUUUGUGUCAUUUGCCAAAUUUUAAAUUUUUAAAACUUUUGCAAACAAGAAAAACAAUGUCAUUCUGGGAUGGUGCCCAUCAAAUUUUGGGGCCCUCAAAAUGAUUUUAUUCCAUUUCUAAAAUGUGAAAAAGUGAAGCUGUGAAUACUUUCAUAUAUUUAUGUAUCGUAUUAAGUCAUUGAUAAAUUAUAAUUUAAUUUGAAAUAAGGACUAGGCGAAUGGAUUAUUUUAGCAUUCGAAUCAAUGAUUUUGCAUGCAAAUUUUAACUUUUUUGUUGUUUGAAAUUAGUCCAAAAGUUUGCCCACCCCUGAUUGUAGUGUUUGCAUUUUGGUCAUUUUUUGGUUUGGCGUUAAAACUUGCCAUAUCAGACGCUUCUGUGUCAUAGAAGUCGCUAUCUUGGGCAGAUUUACUUUUUGUUUUUGUUAUUGACACGCGCAAAGUGGGAGAAUGUUUAUUAUUAUUAUUAUUAUUUUUCAUUAUUGUCGCUCAUCCGGUCCCUCGGACGAUGUUUUUUCUUCAGGGAUGAGGAAUCCUUUCCUCUCUUCACUCCACACUACGAUAACAAAAAAGCCAAAAAAGAAAAAAAAACAAGCGAUGCACGUUGAAAUUCCAGAUGUUAUGCAACAGCUGCUCAGUGGAAAGGCCGCCCCCCUUCCUCUUCCUCCUCCUAGUCGGCAGGUACAACAGGCUUUUUGUUAACAUAAUGUAAAUAACAAAGAGAAAUGUGAAUAAUAAUAAUAGUAAGGUUAAUCAUUAUCAAGACAAGUUUGUGGUAAAUAACUACUCGCCUCCGUCAUAUUUUUCUUUUUUUUUGUUCAUUUGUUUUGGAUUUUCUAUUUUUCAAAUUCUUUCAAUGAUGAUGCGUAUGUAUAUGACUAUCAGUGCGUGUGAUGAAUACUGUAUAUUAUUAUUCUGGAUCUUCUCCUUUCCUGCUCCAUGUGUCUGAUGCCAGAGAAUGGUUUCUAUAGCGACUGCUGAAUGUGAUUUUUACUGAGCGACGAGCAGUGUGGACUGGCUUUUGUUUUUAUUUGUCGUCGUCGUACGGGUUGUUUUCAAAGAGAAAAAAGGCCAUAUUGUAAUUUUUUUUCUCUCUCUUUCUUUCUUUCUCUCGCUCUCUCUCUCUCGUUGUCAUAGCCGACACGAGAGAGUGGAGCCUCUGCCGGGUGGAGAAAACACCACCAGAACACCCCCAACAUCACUCUUAGGGAUCUCAAAUGACCAAAGCCUCUAAAAAUCUCGUAUGCAAACCUUGUCAUUGUAAUAGCGCCCCCUGUCUUUUAAUAGAAGCAGCCCAAAGUCGACAUGAGCUAUGCACCUUUUCCCCGCCCCCCCCAAAAGUAAAAAUGAAACACUGGAGUGAGCCUCAAUCCAUCAACGUUUUGCUUAUGUUGGACAAAUCCAAACCUUGUUUUGCAAAAUGUUUUGUUUUUGAAAACAAAACGCAAAAUGUGCAGAUGGGUAGCAAAAGGUAGGAGGUUUUGAGAAAAGUAAGGCUGUUAGGCUGUUUUCAUCCUCUGGAACACAUUUUGUUUUAAUCUGCUUCUAUGCAAAACAUGUAAAUCCACAUUUUGUUUCAGGUCGUAGCAAAAAAAAGGCGAUUGCUAUGCUACAUUUUUUUCUUUGCUAACCUUGUAUGCAAAAACUACAAAAAACAUAUCACCAGGCUGUGUGCCUGUGAGCUUUAUUUAAUCAGAAAAAUAUUUUCUUUAUUGUAUAUUGUUAAAAAAUGCGAUACAUACACCCCCACGCCAAUCUCAUCAAUUCAUGUAAGCUUUUUUAUUCAGUUCAAAAAGAAAAAGACGUCAGUCACAUCUGGUUGUGUUUUCUCCACUUUCAAGGUUCCACUUUCUCCCCUUGUACAAAUUAAUAUAAAUAAAUAUAUAGAGAUAUAAGUAUA